AUGGCCAGAAGGGAUCGCCGCUUUCUUCCUUUCAGUGCCGUUACUACUGUCAUACCCUCAGGCUCUGCCAAUCAAGAAGAGUAUCCGGACCCGAGAGCCAGUUUAAGAACCGCUGUGGCCGAGUACAAUCGAAUCGUCAAUCAUGAAGAUGAAGAUCCUACAAUCAAGAUGUUGGACGAUGCUAUUCAGAGUGAGACUGCUAAAGCCACUGCUGCCUUACGAGCUCGGCCUGGACAAGGACCCUUGAUCCUGCGUGUCACAUCAGAGGCGGAAAUCCAGGCCAUUGCUCGCUUCAGAGAUCCGGACAAUGGAGGCCCUAUCCUGCUCACCACCUAUCCACAUGAAAGGAAUUUUGCAACUUUGAUGGGCGCAGCUCAGUUCUACGGGUUUGAAAUCAGAAGGGAGUGA